UAGAUAGUGACCGCACGCAGCCAUCUUCCCGCCUACACGGCGCAACAUUCCCGGAGAAGAAGACGAUCUCCUUUUGAUCCCGGAGCGAGUGAUCCGUCUCCCAGCCGGGCCUCCUCCUCCUCCCGUGGAUGUUCGAGUGCGCCUCCGGGUCCAGCGAGGAAGAAGCGGCCGUCCGGUCGCUUAACGGAGGAAAUGCACCCCCGGAGCGUUGAACCUGCCCCAUCCCGCACACAAAGCCUGUGAAGCAGGCCGUGUUUCCUCCCGCUGCGCCGCCGAUGAUGCUCACACCAUGUCGGGGAAUCAUUACAAAGGCCACGAAGUCAGCUGCUGCAUCAAAUACUUCAUUUUCGGCUUCAACAUCCUCUUCUGGCUGCUGGGAAUGGCCUUGGUCGGAAUUGGCUUGUGGGCUUGGAGUGAGAAGGGUGUUCUCUCCAACAUCUCCUCCAUCACUGACCUGGGAGGUCUUGACCCAGUCUGGCUCUUCAUGGUGGUUGGGGGUGUGAUGUUCAUUCUGGGAUUCGCCGGGUGCAUCGGAGCGCUGCGGGAAAACACAUUCCUGCUCAAGUUUUUUUCAGUGUUUCUCGGGAUCAUCUUCUUCCUGGAGCUGACCACCGGGAUCCUGGCCUUCGUUUUUAAAGACUGGAUCAAAGACCAGCUCAACCUGUUCAUCAACAACAACAUCCGAGCUUACCGGGACGACAUCGAUCUGCAGAACCUCAUCGACUUCACUCAGGAAUAUUGGGAAUGCUGCGGAGCGUUCGGAGCCGACGAUUGGAACCUCAACAUCUACUUCAACUGCACAGACUCAAACCCCAGUCGAGAAAAGUGUGGCGUCCCAUUCUCCUGCUGCACCAAGGACCCGGCGGAGGAUGUGAUCAACACUCAGUGUGGAUAUGACAUCCGUGCCAAACCUGACUCAGAGCAGAAGGACUCCAUCAACAUGAAAGGUUGUGUGCCGCAGUUUGAGAAGUGGCUGCAGGACAACCUCACUUUGGUGGCCGGGAUCUUCAUCGGCGUCGCGUUACUGCAGAUUUUCGGUAUUUGUUUGGCCCAAAACCUAGUGAGUGACAUUGAAGCUGUGCGGGCGAGCUGGGUGCCCCCCCCUCUGUCCAUGCGCCGACCCCCACCACACUCCAGCAAGAAAGCAGCCGCUUACUACUCAUGAGACUCACACGCCCGCGCUGAAUGUGUGUGAGCGUGUGUAGCCGUUUCUUUACUUAAAGCAGAACCAGCUUCUGCACCCACAGCUGCAGGGCCGAGCCAGGAAGACGCCAGGCGGCUCUUCCGGCGCCGCGAGGACCUGCACCAGACCAGACACUGAACCAGCACCUUGUUCUCUCAGCACUAACCUGUGAACGUGUAAAUAACACCUUGUGAGCGACGUGAACCUGCCCGGCCUGCAGACUGUCACCUGACUUUGAUAGUGGACACCUAGCGGUUUUGAUACAUUUUGAUAUUAGAUAGAUAUUUUUCACAGACUAUUCCGUGUGGGACUGUGACAUCGCUCCGUCGCCGAGGUUGCCAUUGUUCCCUUUACACUUCCCUCUGCACUGCUUUUCUACCAAAAUGCCUGCUGUAACAGAAACACUGGAUUUUUUUUUUUUUUUGCUUCAUCUGGAAUUCAAGUGGGGAUGUUUCCCUGGCAACAAGAAAAAUGUUGCUACAGUCCCUAAACAUCAACCGUUCAUGUCUGCGAGACGUUACAGAAUUAACUGUUGCUAUUAUUAUUGACUGAGACCAGGACAUCUAGAACCACAAACAAUGUCCAGCACAUAUUUCUGUCAGAGGUCUUUUUCUUCUUCUUCUUCUAGGCCCAAUAUUAAAUCACAGAACCAAUGUAGAUCGUUCAGAAAACAAAUAACAGUCUUUGCGUCAGUUAGCACCUCAGCUACAGUAGCGCGUCUUUAGUGUUGAUAUUUAGAUGAAGAAAUCAGCAGGGCAGUGAGAGAAGAGUUCUGCUACAUUAGCUUGUCAGCUCCGUAAGCAGACAAUAUACAAGUAGGUGUUGAAUGCAUUAAUUUUUGAGGGAUGCUAAUUUAUGGCCUAAUUUUAAAGGUGUUGCAUUGUAAGAGUUCAUCCAUCUAAGAGCUACAAAAUCCUAUGGAUGUAUAAGAAAGAUUUUAAAUGCUGGGUUUGGAAACGGUUCGGGCUCCUCCACAUGUAAAUAAAGGAUUUAACUGUGCAGCUAAUGUAAAUACAGCAGUGGUGAUGUGACCCAAGGGGUUCUCUUUUGCUAAUUAUGACGCUAAAAUUCCCAUGUUCCACUGCAGUUAUGGUUAGACUUGGACAACACCUGCAAGCUACAGUCAUGUGGCGUAGAAUUUAGAAAUUGUUUUGCCAGUCUGUUGCCCGGGUCCAAUCCAAGAGAUCGCCGUUUCCUCUAUUCAUUGAUUUCUAAUAUGGUUCUUAGGGAUGCCCCGAUCGAUCAGUCACCGAUCAUGAUCGGCCUAUUUCAGCGUGAUCGGUGAAUGCCGGCGCGCUGAUGAAGCCCUGCUGGUUGUGACGCGUCAGUCUGUCAUGUUAAGAUGGCAUCCAGCAGCACAUGCACGGGUUUUUCUAUUUUUGCCACCUUGAAGAGGUAUAUAAAACGUGUCUGAAUUAAAAUGAUUUACAAAUUCAUUGUCAAUCCGUGUGAUCGGCAGCAGAAAUCCUGAUCGGAGCAUCCAUAAUGGUUUUACUCUCCCAGUCCAACUGGAUUGUAACGGUUCGGUGUGAAUUUGUGUCCCACUGGAGCAACAAACCCUUAGCGCAAAGACGCCCACAGGAGGUGCAGGAUGACAUUGCGGAGUACACUAGGUGGAUGCAAAAUCUAAUUUCUGGUUCCAUUCCAUAUGUAACUAUAUUUUUUUUUCAAUCCAGAACGCAUGUUACAUUUUAAGACUGAAUGGAACUAAUUUUUGGUUUUAGUGUGGAUCCAGUGAAACCUUAAAGCUGGGUUGUGUUGAAGUAUUCACCCGCUUAUUUACAUGAUUAUUUGUACUCAUCUUCUUCCUCCUUUCAGUUUCCACAAUCUUAAAAGAAAGCGCCGCACUUGAAUGCCGCGCUUCAUAUCAGACCCCUGUGCGUCCCACUGACAUUGUUGUGUCACUUCCUGUUCAUGCCUGUUUAAGUGACUGCUUUUAAUAAAGAAUUUAAAAUCAAAGAUACUC